AUGAGCCAGGCUGUGGUCAGUGGGGUGAGGAGACUAAGCACCAUCUCAGAGAAAGAUCUGGAUCUAGAACCUCGUUCUCCGAUGUCUAUGGGUGGGAGUGAAUUGGCCGGAUCCAGCACUUCACUCUGUUCUCGAGAGAAGCCCAGCGUGGACAGCAGCACCUUCACCUCGUUUGACUCCCAUCUGCCGGACACUGGAGAGGAUUGUGCUUCCAUACUGCUGGCCUGCCUGUACUGUCGUUUCUCCGACAUGAUGACCAUACUGCCGGAAGCAUGUGAGCGAAUACUGGGCCGCUGCUGCCCAUCCUACAAACACUACAAAGCUUCCAGUGAGCAGAACCAGGGCAAAGACUGCUGCACCUGUAAACUGGAGCUGGACUGUGGGCUCGUGAAUGCCUGUCAGGAGACCAGCGAGUUUUUGGAGCUUGCCAUGGAGAUAUCGGAGGUGUGCUACCGCUAA